GCUAGGGAGGAAGGCUACGGUCUCGAGAGCCGGAGUCUCCUAGGGAGAGGGGGUGGGAAAGUUCUGGUAAUAAAGCCCGAGUUCUGGGAGGUGGCUGAGCUGCCCUGAGUCCCUGGUCAGGCUUCAUCUCUGGCGGAGAAAGGGGAGGGAAUCUAAGUGAGGGUGGAUGAAGAAACCAUCCUAUCUGUUCACCUCGGGCCCAUGAUAGAGUCAAAACAAGGCCUGGAGCGGCAUAUAUUAAACAACUAGAGGUGGACUAUUCUCCUCCAUCCCAGGCUCUCUCUCCAUUACUGCUUUGCCUGCCCUUAGCCGAAGGUGAAUAGCUCAGAGCCCUAACUGGGAGAAAGUAAAGGAUUCUUUGGGAGCUCAGCAAGUUGCCACAGACAUGAUCAAUGGGCCAAAUGUACCUGGGACCUAUCAGCAUUUGAUGUGAGUUUAGUGCUGGUGAAACAUUCUGCCUUGAUGACUGGAGGCUGAAGUCCUCUUUUUCUACAAAACAGAAAUCGCAUGAGCGGCAGCAGGUGAAAGGGGAGUGCAGUCUCCAAGAUCCUCCUGAUUCAUUUGCCCCUUUUCUCAUCUUGCCCCCCAAAAAGAGGCUGUGGGUAAGGCCAUGUCGUGGAUCAAAGAAGGAGAGCUGACCAUCAUAGAGAGAUUUUGUGCCAACGUUAUAAAGGCAGGUCCAAUGCCCAGGCAUGUCGCAUUCAUCAUGGAUGGGAAUCGCCGUUAUGCUCAGAAGUGCCACGUGAAGAGGCAGCAGGGGCAUUCAGAGGGCUUCGACAAACUGGCACAGACACUGCGGUGGUGCUUGAAUCUGGAUAUCCGGGAGGUCACGGUCUAUGCAUUUAGCAUUGAGAACUUUAAACGCUCCAAGGAGGAGGUGGAUGGGCUGAUGGAGCUGGCAAGGCAAAAAUUUAGCCGCCUGCUGGAAGAACAGGAGAAUUUGAAGAAGCAUGGUGUGCGUAUCCGUGUCCUUGGGGACCUGCCACUUCUGCCACUGGAUAUUCAGGAAUUGAUUGCCCAGGCUGUGCUGGCAACCAGGAACUACAACAAAUGUUUUCUGAAUGUCUGCUUUGCAUACACGUCAAGACAUGAAAUCAGCAAUGCAGUGAGAGAGAUGGCCUGGGGUGUGGAACAAGGACUACUUGAACCUAGCGAUGUGUCAGAGUCAUUGCUCGAUAAAUGUCUCUACACCAACAAUUCCCCCAACCCAGACCUCCUGAUACGAACAUCUGGAGAGGUCCGACUUAGUGACUUCUUGCUCUGGCAGACAUCCCACUCAUGCCUGGUGUUUCAGUCUGUGCUGUGGCCAGAAUAUUCCUUCUGGAACUUGUGUGAGGCUAUCCUUCGGUUCCAGAUGAACCACAGCGCUUUACAGAAGGCCAGAGAUUUGCACAUGGAGGAAGGGAAGCGGCAGCAGCUGGAAAGUGACCAGGCUUAUGUAACAAACAAGCUGCAACAGGAAGGGUCUGCAUCCCAUGGAGACUCUCAGCGCCGACGGACACUAUUGCAGAAAUGUACUGCCCUGCGGGAAGAGAGAAUCCAGGGCUUUCUGCAGGCUCUGGAGCACAAAAGAGUGGACUUCCUUGAAAGAUUGUGUACAGUGUCUGCAUGACCUGGAUAGGCCUUGUGACGGUGAAUAUGAGCAGUGUUAGAAAUAACACUAUUGCUAGGCCAGAGGAAUUCACUAUGUGGCGGGGGGUUCCACACUGGUGAUGCAGGACUGGUACAAGAUUUUUAUAUCCAAAGUGCCACUAUCCAGAGGGCAGAUCUGGGUUGAGUACUAUGCGGCUUUCUAGUUCUGUAAAUGCCACUGAGGAAGGUAAUGUGUCGGGAUGCCUCCUGCCACUAAAAAUGGAGAAAGAAAUGCUAUGCCCCCUCUCUUAUCUCUGCUGCCUGACACUUUGCAUCUCUGGGUAUUUUUGUGACAAGCAAUUGACUAGAAUUAACUUGAGUCUCCUUGUGAGUCAGCUGAGGCAAAGCUACCCAAUUCUCCCUUAAAUCUGCCUUGGACUCUGUGCUUCAAUUCCUACUGCCACUUUCGGUAAGAUUUUUUUAUUAUAAUAACAUGGGUGGUCAGCUCUUCCAAAGAAGCAUGCUAUUCCCCUUCUGUGUGGAAAGAACUGUUUGUGGUGGGGACAUGCUAUGAGCUGUGGCAAAAAAUAUUCUCCAUAAAUCAUUUUCUUCUUUGCCCUCUUUGCCUUUUUGUUCCAGGUUUUGAUACAUCUGCUGCUGGCUUUCAAAGAGCUGUAGCAAAAUAUAGACUGUCAGCCGUGCUGUAUAGAGAAAGAAGUUGUUACUGCCCCUUAACAUCAUCUUGUACUUGCAUUGUUGUUCCAUCAUCCUUUCUACAGUAUUGAAGCAAGGAAGGGCACAGGUGUCUUCCAAUAUGAGGCAAAAUACUUCUAUUUAUUUAGUAUUUUUUUUAGAGGAGGUGUGGAGAAAGAACAUUACCUGAAUCAAAUACCUUGUUAAAAAGAACUUGUCUGAGGCAGGGAGAGAACUUAGCUAAAGCCAGCUAUGUUAUGAUCUACUAAAUGAGUGUAAAACUCAACCCACGUGUACAGCUUUCCCUUCUGCUUCAGAGUAUUGGGAUGGCCUUAGCUCAAGUACAUGGGGAUUGAGAUCAAUCCAUGUUUCCUAUUCAAUACGGUUUAAAGAUGACAUGUAGAGGCUCUUAACGGGGAUGGUUUGUGUGGCUGUGGAGUAAAUUGAUGAUGGGGAAAGACUCAAAUUGGCACUGUACGACCUGUUUUGAAUUCCCUACUGGCAGGGAGAUGGGCUAGCUGACCUUCUAGUUUUUUCAUCUCUGAUUUAUGUGCUUUUCUAUGGUCAGAACCAUCUGAACACAUCUCCACAACUUGUUCCUGAGGCACGUUCAAAUGCAACAUCAGCUUUUGCUGUUUUUAAUGUGUUCCUUUUACUUCUUGAUAAAAAAAUGCAGAUUUAAAAGAUUAAGUGCUGUAAACAGCACCCUGAAAAUUAUUGUGAAGAUGAUUAAAAUGUCAAACAUGAAUAAAGCAUUAAAAAUGCUUUAUAUUAAAAAGCUGAAAAUUUAAAACUAGAGGAAGCUGCUUUUCUAAGAUUUAAUUAAGAUGAUGCCCGGGUAUAAUGUAAUGUUGUUGUUCCUUAACCAAUGUGCGACUCCCCACUUUAUGCCUGUUAAGAUGGAGUGAAUUGGAAGAUUUUCUGAUUUAUUCUGUUUGGGUGAUGUGCUGGAAACCUGAGACAUUGGCUGAAUAAACCACUUUCCAGUGCA